UUGCCUAAGUUAUCUAUUUUUCCCUUUAAAUAAAAAGUUAUUUAUCUUCCUCGCAUUCAUAACCUCUUUGAAUAUUAAACAAUUUCUUCAUCUCUAUAAAAACCUACUCUCACACCUUAUCUUCUUCAAACCAACAAUUUCCAACAAGUUCAUCAAAUCCUAACCACACUUUCUCUCCUUAUUCCCAAAACCAACCAUGGGAUCGAUCACCAUAACCUCCUUGAUCUUCUUUUCUUUGAUCACUUUGUCACUAGCAUUGGACAUGUCCAUGCGUAGGAACAAGGAUGUUAUGAACAUGUACGAGGAAUGGUUGGUAAAACAUCAAAAAGUGUAUAAUGGGUUAGGAGAGAAAGACAAAAGGUUUGAGAUUUUUAAGGAUAAUUUAGGAUUUAUUGAUGAACACAAUGCUCAAAAUAACACAUACAAAGUUGGGUUGAACAAAUUUGCGGAUAUGACUAAUGAAGAAUAUCGUGACAUGUAUUUGGGCACGAGGAAUGAUGCCAAACGUAGAGUCAUGAAAAACAAGAUCACCACCAGUCACCGGUAUGCUUAUAGUUCCGGUGAUCGGUUGCCGGUGCAUGUUGAUUGGAGAUCGAAAGGUGCCGUUUCUCAUAUCAAAGAUCAAGGAAGUUGUGGAAGUUGCUGGGCAUUCUCAACAAUUGCCACAGUGGAAGCUAUAAACAAGAUAGUGACAGGGGAGCUUGUGUCCUUAUCUGAACAAGAGCUUGUGGACUGUGACAGAGCCUACAAUGAAGGGUGCAAUGGUGGUCUCAUGGACUAUGCCUUUGAGUUCAUAAUUCAAAAUGGUGGCAUUGACACUGACCAAGACUAUCCAUACAAGGGAUUUGAGGGUAGAUGUGAUCCAACAAGGAAAAAUGCAAAGGUAGUGACUAUUGAUGGAUAUGAAGAUGUUCCAUCAUAUAAUGAAAAUGCACUAAAGAAAGCUGUGGCUCAUCAACCUGUUAGUGUUGCUAUUGAGGCCUCUGGCAGGGCAUUGCAACUCUAUCAAUCGGGUGUAUUUACUGGUAAAUGUGGAACAAACUUGGAUCAUGGUGUAGUAGUUGUUGGAUAUGGUUCUGAAAAUGGUGUUGAUUAUUGGUUGGUGAGAAACUCAUGGGGCACAAACUGGGGUGAAGAUGGUUACUUCAAGUUAGAGCGUAAUGUGAAAAGCACUUCUACAGGAAAGUGUGGAAUCUCAAUUGAAGCCUCAUACCCUGUGAAGUAUGCUCAAAACUCUGCAGUCACUAAUUCAGCUUAUGAAAACAAUGAAGUGUUAGUUAGCAGUGCUUGAAACACCAUCAUUAUCUCAAUUAUCAACAACUACUAAAUUAAUUAAUAUGAUUAUUGGGUUAAUCUUGUAUGUAAAUAGAUUAUUGUUAUUUACUUCUUGUUGUGAAAGCUGCAUCUUAAUAUCAAAUUGUAUUGUGGCUUUCAGUAAUGUUAUUUGAUUUCAAUGUUUAAUUUGAAUUGAAUUCAACUUGCUAGUUUUAUUUUGGAUUUA